AAGAACAACAGAGAACAAUGGUGGAUUUUCUUCAGAUUUCCGUUAAUAUUUUGAAAUAACAAGACUUAACAGCGCAACAGUCAGACCUGGAUCAAAUUUUCAAACAACAGACACUUCUGUAUCUUUGAUGUUGAACCAUUAAAAGGGUUAGAAGUGGAUUGAUGCCACUGUGCCAUAGGUCGAUUUAUCGAUUCAAACUGAAGGUUGACAAUAUUUCAACUAAUAAAUAUAUACAAGUAUCACCUUACUGACACUGACAUUACUGUUACUGAGCGUAACAGAAAAUCGAACAGUUCAACAUGGGAAAUAAAGAAAGUAGUCCAGCAAGUCCAAGAAAUAGUUCUAGGCUUGAAAAUGAAUAUGACGAAGAAGAUGAAAUUCCCCAAGAAGAUACUCCACCAAAACCAACUCCCAAACCAACCAAACAGGGUCGAAUGUCAAAAUUAUCAACACAAGCGUCGAGAAUGAGUGUCAAAAAACGAGGCACGGGUGAUUAUGGCCGGAUGGACAUCUCAUACGAGGAAGAAGACAGUAUUGUUGAAAAUUUUAAUUCCACUAAAAAAGAUAGUGUGACUUUGAUGGGCAGCAACUCAAGCAGUGAACUAGGGUAUGCGUUAAAUAUGGAAAUGAAUGUUAAGCCACCGAAACAUAGCAUGGCCAAAUGGUAUUGGUUGAAGGCUAAAUGGACAACUAAUGCACCAGGGUGGAAGGGACCACUUCAAAAAGGUUCAGUGAAGCCAAAGUGACAAAAAAUCACGACCAAGGCCAUGUCAAUCACAAUGAAGUAUUAACAGUGUAUAUAUGGGAGCAUGGGGCAAGAGGUCCAUUGUCUCCCACAUGAUUCUAUUUAUCUUUAUCAAAUACAUUUACAAUUGUAUAUAGCAGUCAGGAAAACGUCACAAUCUUUGUAUAUUAGGAAGCAUGGAGUUGGGGAUUUGAACACAAGACACUCCAGCCCAUCCUCCCAACAACAUUUUCAAGUCUACAAUUCAUUAUAAUCAUUUGUUAAAACUAUACAAGCAUCAACAGCUGUGAAGGUACAGAGUGAAUUUCAACUGGGUUUACCACCCCCUCCCCCUUCACGUCCCUCAUAUAAU